AUGGCGGCCAGUGUUUCUUUGAAGCUGAUGAUAGAUGAGAAGACGAAUCGAGUUGUUGCUGCAGAAGCAGAAAAGGACUUUGUGGAUAUACUUUUCAGCUUCCUCACCUUCCCCAUGGGAACGAUAAUCCGCCUCACCAGCCAUGAACAGCUGAAAAUCCCAGUCACUAUUGGUUGUAUGAACAAUUUGUACCGUAGCAUUCAAAAUAGCCUACUAAAUUGGCACACAGAACUCUGCAAAACCAUGGUGCUCAACCCAAGAAAUCCGUGUGCGAUCUAUUGCAGCAAGUUGAAAAUCAACAUUGAUGACUCGGGGUCGGAGAUGAACUACGCGUGUUCUCGGCAGGGUUGCCGGUAUCUUAGCAAGUACCAAAAUGUUAGCUGCGUGUGUUCUAAAGGGGUGACUACCAAAGAAAUGAAGUCUGAUGAUUCGGGGUCGUCAGUAGAGAGUUGCAGGUAUGGGGGUGCGUUUUUGCAGAAAGGGUCGAUAAUGUUUUUAAUCACUGAAGAUUUACAGAUCAGACCUGCUUCCCCACACAUUCUUGCUCAACUCCUCUCCGGUUUCGGUUUAAGCGAAACGAGUGGAAUCAGGGAGAUGCCGGUUGAAGUUAGUAAGGAGCAGGUACUUUAG